UCCUCAAUCGCUCUUUGGUAUACGCACACGAAAGCGACGCUCCUACCAACUCUCACGCCUUCCACGCGUGCGCCUUAGGUUGGAAAGGGAGUGUUUUGCGCCUGCGGGUGCGUCUGAGGUGCAUGCGGUCGCAAGGCGGGAAAUAAGAGCGGCCGAGGAACCGUUGAUGGCUUGUGGUGCGCGUCCCUUCGUGGUUCCCGCGGGAGGAGAGAGCAGCGGAAGCGACGACGAGGAUGGCUGGGAUAUCGGCUGCGAAUCGACGAGGCAUUUGGGUGAAACACUACCAACUGAUGACAAAGUUGAGGUUUUUAAAAAAGCAUUGACUACUGGAAACUUGUCUGUGAUUGAGGAACUUCUAAAUUCUGGUCUAAAUGUAGAAUCUACCUUCAAGUUUGGAUGGACUGCUUUGAUGUAUGCUGCAAGUGUGGUUAAUGUGGAGCUAAUGCGUAUCCUUCUGGACAGAGGUGCAAAUGCAAGUUUUGAGAAGGAUCAAUAUACAGUUUUGAUGGCUGCAUGUACUGCACGUGCUUCAGAAGAGCAGAUUUUGAAGUGUGUAGAACUGGUUCUCUCAAGGAAUGCCAAUCCUAAUGCUGCAUGCAGAAAGAAAAUGACUCCAUUAAUGUAUGCUGCUCGUGAAGGCCACUCUCAAGUUGUUGCUCUUCUUGCUGCUCAUGGAUCACAAGUAAAUGCUCAGGAUGAAAAUGGUUACACUGCACUAACAUGGGCAGCACACCAUGGACACAAAAAAGUAGUUUUCAGAUUGCUUGAACUUGGAGCUGAUAAAUCCAUACAGACAAAAGAUGGACAGACGCCAGGGGAGGUAGCAAAGAACAACAGGCAUUCUGAGCUCUUCAGUUUGCUUUCUUUGACUGCACAUCCUUUCCUGGGGAGAUUCCAGAAUAUGUCUAAAGAAGAUGCUAUUUGCAGACUUCUGCAAGCAGUACCUGAGGCAGGCAGAAGACAUACAGCCAGUUCCUACAUGGCCUUUGGUGACUUGGAAGUUUUCCUACACAGCCUUGAGCUGGAACAUGUAACAGAGAUACUAAAGGAGACAGAGACAACUUUAAGGCAACUUUUGACCAUGGGAAAAGAAGAUUUGAUACAGAUUGGGAUUAAGGAUACCAGAGAUCAACAGAAAAUCUUAGAUGCUGCUAAAGAAUUCCACAUAGAAGAAGUGAAAUUGGAAGAGUUGCCUCAAGUGACAAACAUAGAACUUAGUGGUGACGAGUUUCUUACUUUUCUCAUGAAACUCAACAGACAGUGCAUUCACCUUACAACUGCUGUACACAGUGUGGUGAGCCACUAUCCUACAGACUUUCACAAGUUAGUGCUUGAAUGGAAUUCUCCCCAGAGCCUCACUAAAGUUUGUGAAGACCUGGUUUCCAGUGCGGACAGUUUGAAUCAAGAAGUUAGCACAUUAAAGGAGCUUGUUAAAGAGCUGCAAAAUGGACAGAAUAAUGAUCCUUGCCGAAUACAGCCUCAGGAGAAAAAAGGCAGAUGGAACAAAACUUUUUUAAAAAUUGCAGCAGCAGUAACCUUGGUUGGAUAUGGAUGUGUCUUCCUCAUUACCAAGAUAACUUCAAGGAAGAGUUGAGUUUGUGGUGUAUGUUUGGAAAAAUGUGGUUUCUCCCCAAUAUGUGAAACUACAAGUUGAAUUUACUGUAUUCAAAGUCUUGCUGACUUGUUUUCCCAUUCAUGGCUGAUGCAGUAGUUCAGAUUUUGCAAUACUUAAAAUAUUCUAAUGUAAAAAUACUGAAAAUUAAACUCCAUUCAGUGUCACAUCUAUUUCAGUUUUCCUUGACAUUUUGAUAAAAUACUUGCAUGCAUAUGCCCUUAUUAAUAAAGUUUCAUAUUUAAUUUUAUGGGAAUUAAAUCUUGCUUUUUCAGCCCA